AUGAAGAUGGUCAGUACAGAUAAUCGUCGCACAAACAAGAAACACAAACAAAAGGAUGAGGCAUUAGAAAGUUUGAAAAUGAAGAAACUCUGGGAAAUGGCUAUCCAGCCAUCGAAAAACAUUCCAAUGAAUGCUAUCAUGAUGUAUAUGACACCUAAUUCUAUCCAAAUCAUUUCCAUAAUGAUGAUGGUAAUGUUGUUUGUCGGUUCAUUGAAGGACAUAUUUGCCGUUCAGAAGAAGUUCAAAAACGCCCAGGUUAAUUCUAGGUACGACUUUUUUGUUCUGAAGGGUAUUUAUGUUCUCUGCUGUUCAGGUAACUUGCUUGUUGGUCUUUGGAAAUUGAAUGCUAUGGGCUUGAUACCUAACCAAAGUAGUGACUGGUUAACUUGGGAGACUAAACUCGGAAACGAUCAGACUGUGGUACUAUAA